CCCCGGCGGCGCCGCCCGCCCCGGGCUGCCGCAGCGCCGCGAUGGAGACGGCGGAGAAGGAGUGCGGAGCCCUCGGCGGCCUCUUCCAAGCCAUCAUCAACGACAUGAAGAGCUCCUACCCCAUAUGGGAGGAUUUCAACUCGAAGGCCACCAAGCUGCACUCCCAGCUCAGGACCACGGUGCUGGCCGCAGUUGCCUUCCUGGAUGCCUUCCAGAAAGUGGCCGACAUGGCCACCAACACCCGAGGUGCCACGAGGGACAUCGGCUCGGCGCUGACCCGCAUGUGCAUGCGGCACCGCAGCAUCGAGGCCAAGCUCCGCCAGUUCACCAAUGCCCUCAUGGAGAGCCUGAUAAACCCUUUGCAGGACAGGAUUGAGGACUGGAAGAAAACUGCCAAUCAGCUGGACAAGGACCAUGCGAAAGAGUACAAGCGAGCACGCCAUGAGAUCAAGAAAAAGUCCUCUGACACCCUGAAGCUCCAGAAAAAGGCUCGCAAAGAGCUACUUGGGAAGGGGGACCUGCAGCCCCAGCUGGACAACGCGCUGCAGGACGUCAAUGACAUGUACCUGCUGCUGGAGGAGACGGAGAAGCAGGCAGUCCGCAAAGCCCUCAUCGAGGAGCGGGGCCGCUUCUGCACCUUCAUCACCUUCCUGCAGCCCGUGGUGAACGGGGAGCUCACCAUGCUGGGAGAGAUCACCCACCUGCAGGGCAUCAUCGAGGACCUGGUGGUGCUCACCGCUGAGCCCCACAAGUUGCCCCCUGCCAGUGAGCAGGUGAUCAAGGACCUGAAGGGCUCUGACUACAGCUGGUCCUACCAGACGCCCCCUUCCUCGCCCAGCAGCUCCAGCUCCCGCAAGUCCAGCAUGUGCAGCAGCGUUAGCAGUGCCAAGGGUGGCAUGGCGUGGCCCGGCGGGGCUCAGACCUGCUCACCCAGUUCCACCUAUCGCUACCGCAGCCUGGCGCAGCCCCCCGCCGCCGCCACCCGCCUCUCCAGCGUCUCCUCCCACGACUCCGGCUUCAUCUCCCAGGACGCUGCUUACUCCAAACCACCUUCCCCCAUGCCCUCGGACAUCACCAGCCAGCAGAAGUCCUCCAGCUCGGCGUCCUCAGAGGCAUCCGAAACCUGCCAGUCAGUUAGCGAGUGCAGCUCCCCCACCUCGGACUGGUCCAAGGCCAGCCCCUAUGACCAGCCGGUGGUGCCCACCCUGCAGCGGCGCAAGGACCGCGUGGAGCACCUGCGGGAGGCCGAGAUGGGCCCUCCUGCCGCGGGGUACCCGGGCGUCGGUGCCGAGGAUGCUCCCAGGCCCCGGAUGUCACCAGCUACAAUUGCUGCCAAGCAGCAUGGGGAGGAGGUGUCCCCUGCCGCCAGCGACCUGGCCAUGGUCUUGACCCGUGGGCUGAGCUUGGAGCACCAGAAGAGCAGCCGGGACUCGCUGCAGUACUCCAGUGGCUACAGCACACAGACCACCACCCCCUCCUGCUCUGAGGACACCAUCCCUUCCCAAGGCUCUGACUACGACUGCUACUCGGUGAACGGUGACGUGGAGUGUGACCCCCAGAGCGAUUUCGACAAGUCCUCCACCAUCCCACGCAACAGCAACAUCGCCCAGAACUACCGGCGGAUGAUCCAGACCAAGCGUCCCGCCUCCACGGCCGGGCUGCCCAGCGGCACCAACCUCCCGGCCGGCAGCACCCCGGGGGUGGCCACCAUCCGCCGCACGCCCUCCACCAAGCCCUCGGUCCGCCGUACGCUCUCCAACGCCGGCCCCAUCCCCAUCCGGCCCCCCAUUGUCCCCGUGAAGACCCCCACGGUGCCCGACUCCCCCGGCUACGCCGGCCCCACGCGGGUGGGCAGCGAAGAGUGUGUCUUCUAUGCCGACGACGCCUCUCCGAACCCCCUGGAUUUUGCCAAAGCUUCGCCCAAGCGGCUGAGCCUUCCCAACACCGCCUGGGGUGGCGGUGCCAUGGAGAUCUCUGUCUACCCCGGGGCCGGCCAGCACCUCUCCGCUGAGGAAGAGGAGGACCAACAGCUGGCCGCCAACCGGCACAGUUUGGUGGAGAAGAUUGGGGAGCUGGUGGCCGGCGCCCACGCCCUGGGGGAAGGGCAGUUCCCCUUCCCCACCGCCCUCGUGGGGUCCGGCCCCGGCGAGGAGACCCCCGCGCCGCCCCCCGCGGCCUCCAUGGACCCCCCGGCCGAAGACAUGCUGGUGGCCAUCCGGCGCGGGGUGCGGCUGCGCAGGACCGUCACCAACGACAGGUCGGCCCCGCGGAUAUCGUGAUGCUGCCCCGGCCAGGGGGACGUGCCCGAUGGACCCCGGGGGCACCCGCUGCCCCUCCCCAGGGACCCCCACCCGCCGGCACCCGCUGCCCUGUCCCUCUCUGCUGCCCCUGCUUCCUGCCCCUCUGGCUCCUCCUGCCCUGCCCUCUCCUCACAUCCCUCCUCCUCUUGCUCUCUCUUUGGUCCUCUUUCUCCUCUUUUUCUCCUCUUCUUUUUCCUAUUUACUGCGUUUUUUCUUUUGCCUUUUUUCUUUUUUUCUUCUAUGUCACUUUUCCUUCUAUCUUCUUAUUUUCUUCUUCUUCUUCUUCAUUUUCCCAUUUUUCUCCUUUUCCUCUACUUGUCCUCUUUUCCUUUUCCUUUCUUUUUAACUCUUUUCCUCCUCCCUUCUGUUUUCCUGUUUUCUUUAUUUUCCUAUAUUUCUCCUCUUCUUGUCCUCUUUUUCAUUUCCUUUCUUUUAACUCUUUUUAUUUUCAUUUCUUUUAAACUCUUACUCUCCUCCCUUCUAUUUUCCUCUUCUCUUUUUCCCCUUUUUUUUUUUUCUCCUCUUUCCCUUUGUUUCUCUUUUCCUGCUCCCCUCUGGCUUUCCCUCUGCUGUCUCCUUUCCCUGGGGCGCAGGCGGGUGGCCCCGGCCGCAGCAGGAGAGGACGGUGCCAGCAGGGCUGUGCCAGCCGUGGAGCACCAGGAGCACCAGGAGCACCAGGAGUGGGGGCCCUGGCCCCAUUCCCCCCAGCUGCCUGCUUGGGGCCAGCACAGCUCAGCCUCAUUCCAGGGGGCAGAAACAACGGGCUGGGGGUGCAGGGGGGGAACAAGA